UUGUAUUUGUCACAAAUAUUAAGUAAUGUGACACCGACAUUAGCAUAUCCACAUUGAAUGCUUCCACUUCUAAUGCUCAAUACAAAGUAAACCACCUUUUCUUUAUUUUAUGGUAUUGUAACAUAUUAUUCAAUAAUAUAAAUAAUACUGCACACCUGUUAAAUUUGUAAAUUUAAAAUACAUUAUAUUGUGUAACAGAGUAAAACGUAAUGUGACGCGUGUCCCGGGACCUCAUCAGCGUCGCCCUGGAAACGGAGGAGGAUCACCUGCACGUCGCUAACACGGGCUGGCCGGCCACACCUGGAGCCCAUUAAGACGCGGAUAAAAGGACGCCAGAACGGGAGAGGGGUGAGAUAUGACUCCAGUUGGCGCAUCACUAACUUCCCUCUCCCUCUGCCCUAGACAGCAGCGUCUGACCGGCCAGCCCACAGCACGAAGACUGCACGGACACCAGACCCGCACCUACGCAGAGCACGGAAGCACUAGUGGAUCCUGGAGCACGAUAAUCUCACGCAUGAGCACUACGGCACGCUUUCACUCACCAAUAAACGCACCCUUCGGGGCCUUUAUUGACCCUCCGUGUCGUGUGAUUCUUCCUCCCGUUACACUGGUGGAGAAUGCGGGCAUAGCACGGGAAGAAUCACCGACCGGCACCGUUUGUUUCCCCCGUUCUAACGUCUCGUCUUUUUUUUCUGUUUUCACUCAGGCGGCGACUCCUCCCCAGCCAUGGAUGAGCUGUUAAAACAUCUAACCGAGGUCAGCAUUCGACAGCAGCAGAUCGUCGAGCACAUGGUGGCCCGACAAGGAGAGGUGGAGCGGGAAAUCGCCGCCCUCCGGACCGCCUCCGCCCAGCGGGUUCCGCUGCCCGACCCCCGUGUCCGAGCACCAGCGCUUCUCCCGAAGAUGACGGCCCACGAUGACGUCGAGAGCUUUCUCAUGAUGUUUGAGACAACGGCGAGUCAGGAGGGCUGGCCCCAGGACGAGUGGGCGCGCGCGCUGGCACCGCUGCUUACCGGCGAGCCCCAACACGCCUAUUUUUCGAUGCCGUCGGAAGUGCGAAACUCCUACGAAGAAUUGAAAAAGGAAAUCCUAUCCCGAGUGGGCCUCUCACCCAUCGCGGCGGCACAAUGCGGAACCCGCUCACCAUAGGAGAUCUGGUUGAUGCCAUCGAGUUGGCGGAGGCGGCCCAGCGUCGGGAGGCUGGGGAGCGAGCGCCACCGAUUCCCCGGAGGGUGCACCAGGAGCGACGCGCGCCGGAGGGUACCUAUCGGCCAGUAGGCAGGCCGGCGGCUCCCGAGCCCCAGGACGAGCCGAUGCCCACGGAGCCGCCCACCGCACCACAUCAGGCAUGGCUGGCAGGUUGCUUCGUCCACCAUGAGCCCCCACUGGCGGCCCCGAAGAUCCACGUCGAGGUCAACGGCCGGACCUUCCGGGCUCUGCUGGACUCGGGCAGUGCGGUCAGUCUUAUACAGUCGACGGUGGUAUCCCCGCGGUCAGGAUCCAAGGCCGUGCUCCCCAUCACCUGCGUGCAUGGCGAUACGCGCCAGGUCCCCGCACGACGUGUCAACAUCACCGCUGCCUCUGGCUCCUGGCCCGUCGAAGUGGGCUUAGUGAAGGACCUUCCCGUCCCGGUCCUCCUAGGACGGAAUUGGCCAGGAUUCGACCGCCUGCUCGCCGACGCCACCCAACCUGCCAGCCCGGCCGGGAGCCGCCGCACUCGGAGAUUCAGCCGUCGUCCCCGCCGGAGCGCCGCCCUGCUGGCCUCGGACAGCCCCCGAGAUGGUGAGUCCCCCUCUCAAACCACUAACCUCUUUUAUGACAUCUUUCAACAGGUUAAGGGAGGUGGGACCUUUGCGAAGGAACAGCUCGGGGACGAGCGGCUGAAGCAUUGCUGGGCGCAAGUGAGGGUGACCGAAGGAAAGGAAGUGCAACCACCGCCCCACCCGGUCCCCCACUUCAUUGUGGAAAACGGCCUGCUCUACUGUGUCGCACCGCGAAGGGGGGAGGAGAAACAAUUGCUGGUAGUGCCGCGGACCAAGACGGAGACAGUGAUAGAGCUCGCCCACUCCCAUCCCAUGGCCAGUCACCUAGGGGCCCACAACACCAUCCAACGAAUUCGGGAUCGGUUCCACUGGCCCGGACUAGAUGCGGAGGUGAGGCGCUUCUGCCGCGCCUGCCCCACGUGCCAGCCGACCUCGCCCAGCACUCCUCCCCCCAGCCCGCUGAUUCCCCUGCCCAUCAUAGAGGUACCCUUCGAGCGAAUUGGCAUGGAUCUCGUGGGGCCGUUGCCGAAGUCCGCCCGGGGCCAUGAACACAUCCUGGUCAUCGUGGAUUAUGCCACUCGCUACCCCGAAGCCAUUCCCCUCCGGAAAGCAACAUCGAAGGCGAUCGCCCAGGAACUCUUCCUGUUGUGUAGUCGAGUUGGCAUCCCCGCGGAGAUAUUGACCGACCAAGGCACCCCGUUUAUGUCCCGGACCAUGGCCGACCUCUGUCGGCUCCUGCAGGUUAAACAGCUCCGCACCUCAGUCUACCACCCGCAGACCGAUGGGCUGGUUGAAAGAUUCAACCAAACCUUGAAGCGGAUGCUCCGUCGGGUGGCCGCGGAGGAUAAACGGGAUUGGGACCGAAUGCUCCCGUACGUCCUUUUUGGAAUUAGAGAGGUGCCCCAAGCGUCGACCGGUUUCACCCCAUUCGAACUCCUGUUCGGACGUCAACUCGAUGUCGCCAAGGAAGCCUGGGAGCAACAACCGGCCGCCCAUCGGUCCAUGAUCGAGCACAUCCGUGAGAUGAGGGAACGGAUCGACAGGGUCAUGCCGAUGGUCCGGGAGCACCUCACCAAGGCUCAGCAGGCCCAACAACGGCACUAUGACCGGGCAGCCAAACCGCGGGAGUUUCAGCCCGGAGACCUCGUCCUGGUCCUGGUCCCGACCGCGGCCUGCAAAUUUCUAGCCAAGUGGCAGGGGCCAUUCACGGUGACGGAAAAGGUGGGACCCGUCACCUAUCGCGUACGCCAACCCGGGAAACGAAAAGAGGAGCAACUAUAUCACGUGAAUCUCCUGAAACGGUGGGUCGGGACGAGGACCCAACUGGCCGCCCUAGCCACCACCACUCCCGUGGUUGUAGACGUUAACCCCCACCUGUCGGCUGCCCAGAAGACGGAGCUGCAACACCUGGUCGGUCAAUUCUCCGACGUGUUCUCUCCACUCCCCGGGCGGACCCAUGUCCUUCAGCAUGACAUCCGCACACCACCCGGCACCAUCGUCCGGCAGCGGCCCUAUCGAGUGCCAGAGGCUCGGCGACACGCCAUUGAAGAGGAAGUGCAGGAGAUGCUGAAGUUAGGAGUAAUCGAGCCCUCGCGCAGCCCCUGGUCCAGCCCCAUCGUUAUGGUCCCGAAACAGGAUGGCACCCUCCGCUUUUGUAAUGACUUCCGCCGCCUAAACGAGGUCUCCGAAUUUGAUGGGUAUCCCAUGCCGCGGGUGGACGAACUCCUGGAUCGGCUGGGGAGGGCCCGAUAUAUCUCCACCCUGGAUCUCACCAAAGGUUACUGGCAAGUGCCCCUGUCGGAUGACGCCAAACCGAAGACCGCCUUCUCCACCCCCAGUGGGCACUGGCAGUAUCGGGUCCUCCCCUUCGGCCUGCAUGGGGCCCCAGCCACCUUCCAAAGGCUAAUGGACAUCUUGCUGAGGCCCCAUCAACCCUACGCCGCGGCCUACCUGGAUGACGUCAUAGUCCAUUCGGAGACCUGGGAGGACCACCUAGAGCGGCUGCGGAGGGUGCUCAUGGAGCUGCGCAGGGCGGGACUAACCGCCAAUCCCCGGAAAUGCCACCUCGCCCUCGAUGAAGCCAAGUACCUGGGCUACCAGGUGGGCCGGGGACUUAUCAAACCUCAAGAGAAGAAGGUAGCGAUUCUCUCGGCCCCACGGCCCACCUCCAAGACCCAGGUACGUGCCUUUUUGGGAUUGGCGGGAUACUAUCGGUGUUUCAUCCCUAACUUCUCCUUCUUAGCCGCACCCCUGACAGACCUGACCAGGAAGGGGCAGCCAGAGAAGGUCGCCUGGGGACACACCGAAGAGGAGGCGUUUAAGAAGGUGAAGGAGGCUCUCACCGCGGCGCCGGUGCUCCGAGCCCCGGACUUUAACUGCCCCUUCCUGCUGCAAACAGACGCCUCCGACACCGGGUUGGGAGCCGUCCUAUCCCAGGUACAGGACGGUGAGGAACACCCGGUGAUUUACAUCAGCCGAAAGCUGACCCCCACGGAGCAACGGUACGCCGCCGUGGAAAAGGAAGCAUUGGCCGUCAAGUGGGCAGUCCUGGAGCUCAGGUAUUACCUACUCGGCCGGAAGUUUACGCUCUUCACCGAUCACGCCCCUCUCCAAUGGAUGGCAUGGGCCAAGGAGACGAAUGCGAGGGUCACCCGCUGGUUCCUGGCGCUCCAGGACUUCCACUUCACCGUACAACAUCGGGCGGGGACGGCCAACGCCAACGCCGACGGACUUUCCCGGAUCUGGUCAGCUUUCGCAGACAGCAGCGUCUGACCGGCCAGCCCACAGCACGAAGACUGCACGGACACCAGACCCGCACCUACGCAGAGCACGGAAGCACUAGUGGAUCCUGGAGCAUGAUAAUCUCACGCACGAGCACUACGGCACGCUUUCACUCAC